AGCGAGACAGAGAGAAGGGAAGAUACCGAAGAGGCUCUUCACUGUUUUUUUUUCUCUCCCUAUUUCCUCACUUCUCUUCCUGGGAGGUUGUGAAAGGGCAGAGCAACGAGGGAGACGCAAAGUAGGAGAGACAAAGGGGGCAAAGCUGAGAGGGUAAAAGCGAAUUUGAGUGACUGUGUGUAACAUGCUCUGUCAUGCUGGUGUGACUACCGCUGCUCCUCCAACUGCCGUUGUUGGCUGUCAAGAAAAGGAAUAUUUUCCGGAGGAAUGAGUCCCUGAACCCGUUCACCAUGUGGAUGUGGGACAGUAAUUUCCAAACCUUUGCCGGAAGAAUCCCAAGGAAAAAAGAGAAGCGGCCAGAGAGCUUAGCUGGUCCUGCUGGGUGGCCGCGUGUGUGCUCCCACUGCCGAGACGCUUGCUGAAAGACGUUCACACUGGGCUUAAGUCUGCCCCAGUUAAGUUUUUUUAUUGUCACAUUUAUUUGGAUUUUUUAUUCCUCUUCUGGAACUCAAUGGAUUUUAUGGUGCUCUGUUGUUUGACUUUUAAGAUUGCCUUGUUGGAUGUAAGCCAGCACUUUUUGCUGUGAUGCACUACCAGUGAGGUUGGAAGUUCAGAAGGGGCUCUUAAUGGAAGACUGGUCUGAAUGGGCACAUCACAGCAGAGGACUACAGUAUGGGACAAUACAUAUUGUGCUGUGGCCUGUGGAUACUGUGGGUCAGUGUCUGUAGAUAGAUAGCUAGAUAGAUACAGGGGCUCAAAGGGUGAAAGGUUAUCAAGUAGGGGGACCAGUCCUGGCACAGCUUUGGUAUGAAACCUGGGCAAUGUCCAGGUGUUUCCAGUGACAGGUCCAUGAUGCACCUAAGCCAUUUUCCUUUCAGAAGACACUCCUGGAUAUGUUUCGAUGUGGACAAUGGCACGUCAUCAGGUCGCAGCCCCCUGGACCCCAUGGCCAGCCCGGGCUCAGGCCUCAUCUUGCAGGCCAAUUUUGUCCACAGCCAACGGAGAGAGUCGUUCCUGUACCGCUCCGACAGUGACUACGACCUCUCACCCAAGUCUAUGUCUCGGAACUCCUCCAUUGCCAGUGACAUUCAUGGUGACGAUAUGAUUGUAACGCCCUUUGCACAGGUUCUUGCCAGCUUGAGAACUGUACGAAACAACUUUGGUGCAUUAACUAAUCUACAGCAAGACCGAGCAUCCAAUAAGAGAUCACCAAUGUGUAACCCACCACCCAUCACCAAGACCACCUUCACAGAGGAGGCCUACCAGAAACUGGCCACUGAGACCCUGGAGGAGCUGGACUGGUGUCUGGACCAGCUGGAGACGCUGCAGACAAGACACUCUGUCAGCGAGAUGGCCUCAAACAAGUUCAAGAGGAUGUUGAACAGGGAGUUGACUCACCUAUCAGAGAUGAGCCGCUCUGGGAACCAGGUUUCUGAGUUCAUUUCCAGCACCUUCCUGGACAAACAACAUGAAGUGGAGAUGCCAACACCUCAAACACAGAAGGAGAAGGAGAAGAAGAACAAGCCCAUGUCUCAGAUCAGCGGGGUAAAAAAGCUGCAGCACUCCUCCAGCCUCACAAACUCUAACAUCCCCCGCUUCGGAGUUAAGACUGAGACAGAGGAUGAACUGGCUAAGGAGCUUGAGCAUGUGAAUAAAUGGGGCCUUAACGUUUUUAAAAUCUCAGAGUUCUCUGGGAAUCGCCCACUGACAGUCAUGAUGCACACUAUAUUCCAGGAAAGAGACUUGUUAAAAACAUUUAAAAUUCCACUUGACACCUUUAUAACAUACCUGAUGACCUUAGAAGACCAUUAUCAUGGCGAUGUGGCCUACCAUAACAACAUUCAUGCUGCUGACGUCACCCAGUCAACUCAUGUGCUGCUAUCCACCCCCGCCCUCGAGGCUGUGUUCACAGACCUUGAGAUCUUAGCUGCCAUCUUCGCCAGUGCAAUUCACGACGUGGACCAUCCUGGUGUCUCCAACCAGUUCCUCAUCAACACCAAUUCAGAGCUAGCGUUGAUGUACAAUGACUCGUCGGUGUUGGAGAACCACCAUCUAGCAGUUGGUUUCAAGCUUCUACAAGAAGAGAACUGUGACAUCUUUCAAAACAUGACCAAAAAACAAAGACAAUCACUGCGAAAGAUGGUCAUUGACAUUGUGCUAGCAACAGACAUGUCGAAGCACAUGAAUCUACUGGCUGAUCUGAAAACUAUGGUGGAAACCAAGAAGGUGACCAGCUCGGGUGUCUUGCUGCUGGACAACUACUCUGACAGGAUACAGGUUCUACAGAACAUGGUGCACUGUGCAGAUCUGAGCAACCCCACCAAGCCUCUCCAGCUGUACCGGCAGUGGACGGACCGCAUCAUGGAGGAGUUCUUCAGCCAGGGGGACAGAGAGCGGGAGAGGAGCAUGGAGAUCAGCCCUAUGUGUGACAAACACAACGCCUCGGUAGAAAAGAGCCAGGUUGGCUUCAUAGAUUAUAUCGUUCACCCUCUGUGGGAGACGUGGGCUGACCUGGUCCACCCGGACGCCCAGGACAUCCUGGACACGUUGGAAGAUAACAGGGAGUGGUACCAAAGCACCAUCCCCCAAAGCCCCUCUCCUACCUUGGACGAGGCUGAGGACGGCACUCGACCCCCAGGAGGGGACAAGUUCCAAUUCGAGCUCACCCUGGAGGAGGACGGGGAGUCAGACACUGAGAAAGACAGCGGCAGCCAGCCGGAGGAGGAGGAAGACGAGGAUGAGGAGGAGGAGGAGGAAGAGGAAGAGGAGGAGGAAGAAGACGAGGAAAACAGCUGUACUGACUCUAAAACACUCUGUACACAGGACUCUGAAUCCACAGAGAUUCCUUUAGACGAACAAGUGGGGGAGGACGAAGAGGAGGAGGUAGCGGAGGAGGGGGAGACACCCUGCUCACAACCCUGUGCCGUGGAGGAAGAGGUAGCAGAGGAGGAAGAGGAGAAAGAGGAAACCCCCCACACAUAGCAGUUUAUGGACAGCACCUGAUUAACUGUUCUUCUUAGUAAUGACAGAUGAUUAUUUAUAGAAUAUUUUUGGGGGUUUUGUGGGGUCUGUCUGUGUUUUUUUAUACAUUUAUGUUUCUGGUUCCAAAGCGUGUGCUGCUCUCCACCUUUGCCACUCCGCCUGUCAGCUUUGUUCAGACACGCCCACCGGUACUUCAAGUUUUUUUGCACUCAGGAAUACUCCUCUCCAUACCUGCUUGUACUAAAGUGGUGUGUUCUUAUUUCACUUUUACACCUUCCCUUUUACAAACUUAACUUUAGUACAGUGCUGUUCACAUAAUAUCCAAUUUUCCUUUCCUCUGCUUGCCUUGUCUAAAAGUUUAGCGGUGUUUCUGUGUUUUAUCAAGUGCCCAUGCUCCACAGAGACAGCUAUCGGUAUGUUCAAGGAUGAUCUCCCUCUCGAUUGGGCCAUUUCCUUCCUUUUUCCGAAUAAGGAGGCAUUUUAUGCUGCCGAUGGCGGAUGACGCCGCAGAGAUGAAAGCUGCAGCACACGGGGGCUUUUCCAGACACAUUUCUAAUGUGGAAGUCUUCCUUUAAAACCUAACUGAUACAAAGCUCAAACUAAACAGCCGUGAUGCUUUCGUAGACUUUAACUUUUGUAUUGUACUGUAUAAUUCCGAAUUAAAUUUAGCAAUCAAAGGCUUUCUUUUGUUAGCAAAGAAGAUCAGAGAACUUUCGAAAACCAACGGGGAGAAAUGUGUUCCAGAUAGGGAGAGCGUCAUGGCUGGAUCACAUCUAGAGUGUUCUGAUGUGUUUGCACUUUCUCCAAUAGCAUUUAUACUACUACACUCAUGCCACUAAACCCCUAUGUGGUUAUUCCUGUGAGUUGAAAAUUUGAAUUUAUUCAUAGUUUUUUUCAUUAUUUUGGUGAGAGUUUUUACCGACUAGGAAGCAGGAGCCCGAAGUCUUAUGCUUUACUCUCAUUGAAAUAGUUUUUGAUGAAGUCUUUACAUUUUAUUAUUGUUGCCUGCAGUUCUUUUGAACACAUCCUGAGACAAUGCAAUGCUUUGUAGUUGAUACAAAAAGCACCUUUUUUAGAAGCUUGAUUAGUGCUCAGAGUAUACAGAAAUAGUAAUGGUGUUAAAAACUACUGGGGUGAUUUUAUACCAAUGUUAUGAAAGCUUUUACCGUGCUUUUAUUUUUCUUGCCCAUUUUGUUUGACGUCCUCAUCCCGAUCAGCUGCAUACUUGUUUGUUUUCAGCCACUUCAGUUUCUGUUAAGAGUUAUGAAGUUUGCCAUCUCGACAUUAAACCCAGUUGCUGUCUUUGUUUUCAACAAGACAAUCAGCUCCAUUACGAAGUCAUCAAAUAAAUCUCUCCUCUACUUAGAUAUUCUAAUGCACUGAUAUAUUCAUAUAUCACCACUUAAAUAUUUGUAAUAUGUUAAAAUGCGCCAAAACACUCAUGAUUACCUAGGCUUGAACAGUGCUGUCUUACACCUCGGCCAAGACUCUUAUUUCCAUGUUUCUAUAAUUUUUCACUUUACACCUGAUUAUAUUAUUAAUUGUUAUAUUUUUCUAAUUGUUGAGUCAUUUUUGCAAUAUAAAGGUGGUACAGUAAAUAUUUAACUGUAGCAUAGACCACAGUACAAGCUUGGCAGUUACAAUACCCAAAUAUACCUUUUUUCUCUCUGUACAUAAAAUAUGAAAAAUCAACAAAU